ACUCCUGCCGCUACUAAUACACUUGGACGCUAUAUUCUCUUCCUACGUACCCAAGUGCUUGGAGCAGGGGAAAGCUAGAGGAGAGGGGAACAAAGCAUGGCGUCGGAGAUGCUGCUCGGGAGGAUCAGUUCCAUCUGCCGUCUGGCCGGCGUUGAGCGCCGGCCGCUGCUGUUGAACGGCAGGGAGGGGCUCCGCCGGCUCGUUUCUCUGGCGAGCCAUCCGUCCUUCUGCAGCAGCGCGUGUGAGCAAGCCGGUGCCGGCAGCGCAAGCAAGGAUCAAGAUAACCUCAGUAGGUUUUCAGACCCACAGGUUGCUCACGAGGAUCGCCGGUUCGUUCAAUUCUUGGAUAGGAUGCUGGACGCCACAAGAAAUCCCCAGAGUCUUGCACGGAUACGGCGCGAGAAGCUUCCAAACGAUCUGAAAAUAUUGGAUGAUGAGAUAUGAGUUAAAGAGUUAACAAGCAUGAUUUAUGACAUGUAAAGUGUCCUUGAGAUUAACCAUGCCAAACUUGAGCAUGUGAGAUUGUUAGUAUUGUUCAAGUUCUAAUUAUGGAACCAAAACAUCGGCCGAUGUCAGAAGUAUUGUGUAUAUUGGGUUACUUCUCUGCGACUGAGUUCAAUAUCAAGUACGGAGUACUAUGAAGUAUGAACUCAUACGAGAAACAAAUACAGCUAACCAAUUGCUACUGUUC